GUUGUUACAGUGGAAUGUCAGGAAGCAGCGCUAAAUUGUACCACACAUUGGGAUAUGGUGCCUUUCAUUGCCCCAGUUGGACUAUGUGAAGAAUAUUUCCCAAUUGAAUGCCUUGCAGAAUUAGUGGUCUCAAAGAACUGCAAGGACGAUGCUGGAUAUGGCGAAUUUUUGACGAGUUUAGCGACCGACAUUGGUGGCUUGGAAUUUGCCGGAUGCAUAAUGGAUAGCUUCGGGGACGAAUACUGCGCAAAAGUCGGCGAUGAAUUAGAGCAAGCAUUCUUCCAAUGUUUGUCGGGUGCGUCACGAUGUCGCAAUAAAGAGGAGAUGAUUAUCGAAUGUGAAAAAGAAUAUUUGGAUCACUCUAGGCAAAGCACUGAGAAGAUUGACAGAGAAUUUGAGAUGGCUGAUGCUAAUCAGACUCGUUACCAAGAUAAAAAAAAGUAA